UAGUAAAACCUUCAACAAACAGCUAAACAACCAAACAAAGAAUUGCAGUGAUGAAUCCCCAAAUCACAACCCUCCUACUCUGCGCCAUCCUUCUCUCACAAUCCCUCGCCCACUCCCACACCGUCUGCAUCAUCGGCGGCGGCAUCGGUGGCGCCUCCGUCGCCCAUUUCCUCCGCCACUACUCCCCGCCCGGCGCCAUCUCCCAGAUCACACUCUUCGAGCGCCAUGGCGUCGUCGGGGGCCGCCUGGCCACCGUCACCAUCGCCGGCGAGACUUUCGAGGCCGGCGGAUCCAUCAUCCACCCUAAAAACUACUACGCCUGGAAUUACACCCUGCUUCUCGGCCUACGACCCGAGGUGCCUAGCGACUCCGACGAUUCCCUCUCCCUCGGCAUAUGGAACGGCCGUGAGUUCGUCUACAAGACGCUCAAUUGCAACUCCAAGCUGCCAAUUGUCCAACGCCUUGUCUCGAUUGCUAAUUCGAUCAUCAUGGCGUUGAGGUACGGCGUCGUUUCGCUCUUCCGGAUGAAUAGCUUCAUCGAGGUGACACUCAAUAAAUUUUUGAGGUAUUAUGAUGGUUUAGAAUCUCGACCAGUGUUUGAGAGCGUCGAAGCGAUGCUGAAAUGGGCUGGACUGUUCAAUCUGACAACAAUCACUUUAGGAGAGAAAUUGGAGGAAGUUGGAUUGUCUCCUAUACUUGUUGAAGAGCUUGUGACUGUGAUCACCAGAAUAAAUUAUGGGCAAAGUGUGAACAUCAGUGGGCUUGCUGGUGGAGUUUCAUUGGCUGGAUCUGGAGGUGGUUUAUGGGCAGUUGAAGGAGGGAACUGGCAGAUGGCUGCUGGAUUAAUCAACCGUUCGGAUGUUGAGUUGCACCUUAAUGAAGAAAUAGAAUCUGUCUAUUACCUCGGAGAUGCUUAUGAGCUGAACUCCACAAAAGGAAAGAGUUACAACUGUCAAGUCACAGUGGUGGCCACGCCUUUGGAUGAAGUGAAUAUUCUUUUUAAUCCAGCAAUAUCAAUACCUCCAAGAAAAUUACAGCACACUCAUGCAACUUUUGUUAGGGGCCUCUUAAAUCCUGCAUAUUUCGGGCUAGACCUGGUAUCCGAUAUCCCAGAACUGAUUGGUACCAUUGAGUCUGGUGAUUUACCAUUUACAUGCAUAAGCGUUCUUAAGCGACACAAGAAAGAUGCAACCUACAAGAUUUUCUCGCGCCAAGCAAUGGUAGAUGCCUUACUGGAUAAGUUGUUCAGUGUGAGAGCGGAGACGGUCAGAAUCAACUGGGCUGCUUAUCCUCAUUACCAUGCACCAGAGACCUACGCUCCCUUCAUUUUAGAUGGUAAACAUCUAUACUAUGUCAACGCGUUUGAGAAUGCAGCUAGCACCAUGGAAACAAGCGCCGUUUCAGCUGAGAACAUAGCACGCCUCAUCCUUUCAAGAAUAGUUGAGGAAUCCGAAAGCACUUCACCAAGCUUGAAGAUCUUCAGCAGUGAUUCUUCAGUAUCGGGACUGCGUUCGGAACUGUAAGAGCUGCUGCUCGUCGAGUGUGAUACUAUAUGUCUAUAUCCGUUUUGCAGAUAGAAUGUUCCAUUAUCUGGAGUUACUUUGGCGUGGGUAUGAAUCUGGACGACUUCAUGAAGACAUGUAUCUAAAUAUUCCAGAUUUCAUAGGUGUAUACAUGUGAACUCCUUUGUCCAUUAUCAUCCUACUGGCUUAUUGCAUGGCUUCGUUGUUAGAAUUUGAUAGAUUCGAUGCUACCCAGUUGGAAAAUGUUGUCUAUAUUUGUAUUUAUAAAUGAGAUCCAAUGUCUUUAUCAGGCCAAA